AUGCACUCUUCAUCCUUCUCUUCACCUGAAUCAGGUCCAUCCUCCCAACGACUCAUCUUGACCUCUUCUUCACCUACCCACACCACCGAAUCAGGUUAUUCCAGCGACCCCGAGCAUGAGCAAGGCUCAGAAUCACCCACCGAAUCCGAAACGUCCAUCGAAGAAUUCUCACCCGAAUCCAAACCUGUCAAACUUCCAUCCAACAAUCAAGAUGUUAAACCAUUAGCAUCUCGAUAUCCCAAAAUAUUCGCCAACCCCCCUCUCCCUCCUGCUCCCUCAGCUAGACCCAAUCGAGUUAGGGGCUUAUCACCUUUGACAUCAGUCAGCACUACUUCCAAUUCGCCUUCAUCAACGAUGGAAAAACAGUUUCAACCUAGAUUACCUAAAUCUCAACCUCUGUCACGAGCUUUGUUCAAUCGAUCGCUCUCCGAUCCUGCUCCCCAUGCUCAGGCUGGUAUCUUCGGAGGUGUAGGAAAGAAGAAGACUAGUCAGAAGGUCAUCGUUCCUACGAAAUCGUUCAGAACGACUUUCGAAUUGGGUUUGUCAGCUAGUGAAUUGGCUAGAAGGGCUUAA